UAAACAUUUUAAUUUAGACUGUGGAGGUGUGAAUAUCAAUCAGUGUUAGAGUUAAGUGCGUUAGACAGAUAGUAAAAUUUUUAAAAUGUUAACAACAAUUAUAGCAGUAAUAGCUUUAGCCCAGUUAUCAUUACAGGCUAGCACAGCCUAUGAUCCCUUUUACGCGGCCGGAGUGGUGGAAUUCAGACCCUCUACUAGCCUUACCGCCGAAGCACGCAUGCUAGACAAUCUUAAGGGUUAUUUGUCUAUUUUAGAAUCGGAAGAUGCUAAAAAUCUCGAUGUUAUAGUAUUUCCCGAAUCUACGCUUAAUAAUAAUGAAGAGGCCACAUUUGUACCCAAUCCGGCCAAAGGUUUAAUAAUCCCCUGUAAUGUGAAUACGGGAGAAUAUCAUGAUUUAUUGGUGCAAUUAUCCUGUGCUGCCAGAAAGUUAGCCUCUUAUGUGGUGAUUAAUUUAACGGAAAAGGAAUUGUGUUCAACAGUUCCAGAGGACACACGCCCCUGUGCCAGUAGUGGCCUAAAUCUGUACAACACCAAUGUCGUGUUUGAUCGUAAUGGAGCGGUUUUGUCACGUUACCGCAAAGUCCAUUUAUAUGGUGAAAAUAAGAAUACCACUUUUGCACCCGAAACCGGUUGGUUUGAUACAGAUUUUGGUGUACGUUUUGGUCAUUUUAUAUGCUUUGAUAUAUUGUUUUACGCGCCAGCAGAAUCUAUGGUCCAACACAAUGGCAUUAAAGAUUUCAUAUUCCCCUCUAUGUGGUUUUCGCAAUUACCAUUUCUAACAGCGGUCCAAGUACACCAGGCCUGGUCUUAUGCCAACAAUGUUAAUUUAUUAGCAGCGGGUUCAUCGAACCCUUUGGUAGGUUCUACCGGCACAGGAGUUUAUAACGGUCGUAAGGGUAUUAUUACGGCUAAAAUGAAUCAGGGUUUGGGAGAGCGUAAGCUGUAUAUAGCCCAUGUACCCAAAUAUCGUCAUUUAACCAAAAGAUCUUUACCUUUAAGUCCUAUCAAUCAAAAAAAACUAGCUUUGCCUAAUAUCACUUUAAAAAGGGAUUAUUUGCAAAGUUAUGAAUCCGUACCUCUCAACUUGACUGCUGGUAAUAGUGUUAAGCAUGAAAUGUGUUUUUCCAAUUCUUCAUUUUGCUGUAAAUUCGAAAUACAAUGGCAACCUUUGUUGGCUGAGAAGGAAAAUAAAUUCUAUCAAUAUCGUUUGGGUGUCUAUGAUGGUUUGCGUAAUGAAGUGGCGGCCGAAACUAAUCAACUUAAAAACUGUGCCUUAUUUAGCUGUAUAGGUGAAGAUAUAAUGGACUGUGGCAAAACUAUGGCCACCGACAUCGAUGUAGUAUUUGAAAAUAUCACCAUUACAGCCACUUACCCCAAGGCUGAACAAUUUUUAAUUAUGCCCAAUAGUUUAACUGCUGAUAUGAUGCCGGUGCCAGUAAAUCACUUCAAAUGGGAAGAAACUGAUAAAAAAAAUACUGUACAAAUGCGUUAUGAACUUAAUACCACCACCCCCAAUGUCAUGGCCUUUUCUAUCUAUGGCAAUUAUUAUGACUGCAUUGUAGACAUUAAACCAGACGAUGAGGAUGACAACAAAGGCGAUGGUGGAGAUGGUGCAGCUGGUAGCUUAAAGAACUCUUUAGUUGUUAUAAUAGGAAUUUUCCUAAUAAACUUGUUGUUAUAAAUAAUCUA